AAUCUGUAUAUCGAACAAGGUAUCUGAGAAUUGGAAAAUUGCCAAUGGUAAAUCAGACUGCAAUGCCAACGAAAAGCGACAGCAAGCAAGCAGGAGCGAAGAGAAUAGGAAAGAAGAACAGCCGCUGCAAAGGAAAAAGCAACAGAAAAAAAUUACCAUGAUAAGAAAAAAGGGGGCAACAAGGGCCAUUAGAAACAAAAAGGGAAAUGCGAAAAAGGCGGCAUCACCAUCAUGGACCAGCCAAUCAACCUGCCCUCGCAGUUCAUUAGCUUGCGCUGCCGCGGUGUCGAGAUCCAAAUAUCCCUUCUCGGGGCCCCGAAAUCAUGCGAAACGUCCAAUCCUAUAUCCCGCCAGUAUUUCCCUGCUUUCGCCGCCUCUCCAAAAUUAUCCCCCAUGAUCCUUUCGAUCGACCCAUGCAGAAUAAACGACCAAAUACAAAUCAAAGCCAAUAAUUAAGAGCAGUAACAUAACAUAACAAGACACACGAUCACCUGCCCUGUCUCAGGAGCCGUCAAGGAAAUAACAUGAGAAACCGAUAGAAAAGAGCAAAGAGAAAAGAAAACAUGAGCACGAAGAAAACAAAAGCAUAGUCCCAGCAUUAGCCUUACUCCGUUCCGAACCGCACGCGCCGCAAUGUAAAAAUAUUGACAAGCCAGUGGAAAUCAGCUG